AAACGCACACGAUUCUCUUGCAGGUAUGUUAGCCGAUCAUAUUUCCUAGACCGAAAUGUGUUUUUUGUUUGGUUUUGUAUCAACCGUCUUGUUCGUAUAUUCAUUCUCUGUCAUUUGGAUGCACCGACUCAUGCCUACGCGGGCUUUUCUUGAUACUGCAUGAGGCUUGUCGGGCGAGUCGCUCUUACGUCGAGUUGCGUCGGGUUUGCCUUGUGGCGUUGCCCACCGCCCUCAAGCCUGAUUCUUCUCCGACCCAGUUUUGCCCCUCUCAUUGCAUGCAUUGCCGCCUUUUCUCAUUUGCUUUCAUUUAUCUACUUUUCAACCGAACCUAGACGUUGCUGACUCCCCCUAUAGCCAACGAAGGCUUGCAGAUCACACAAACUUGUACACUUGUUCAUCCGUUUUUAUUCCUACGGAACGGAAAACCAUCAACUUUCAUCAUGACGACCAUGGAUCUUCGCGUCGGUAACAAGUACCGUAUCGGUCGAAAGAUCGGUUCAGGUUCUUUCGGUGAUAUCUAUCUGGGCACCAAUAUCAUCUCCGGUGAGGAGAUCGCCAUCAAACUUGAGUCCGUCAAGGCCAAGCACCCGCAACUGGAGUAUGAGGCUCGUGUGUACAAGUCUCUUGCUGGUGGCGUUGGAAUCCCGUUUGUUCGCUGGUUUGGUACCGAGUGCGACUAUAAUGCCAUGGUUCUCGACCUUCUCGGCCCCAGUCUGGAGGAUCUCUUCAACUUUUGUAACCGAAAGUUUUCCUUGAAGACGGUUCUUCUCCUGGCCGAUCAGCUCAUUUCUCGAAUCGAAUACAUUCACGCCAAGUCUUUCAUCCACCGAGAUAUCAAGCCCGACAACUUCCUCAUGGGUAUCGGCAAACGAGGUAACCAAGUCAACGUUAUCGAUUUCGGUCUUGCCAAGAAGUAUCGCGACCCCAAGACUCACUUCCACAUCCCCUACAGAGAGAACAAGAAUCUGACAGGUACUGCGCGCUACGCCUCCAUCAACACCCACUUGGGUGUCGAGCAAUCACGACGUGAUGAUAUGGAGUCCCUUGGUUACGUUAUGCUCUAUUUCUGCCGCGGCUCUCUCCCUUGGCAGGGCCUGAAGGCCGCCACCAAGAAGCAGAAGUACGACCGCAUUAUGGAAAAGAAGAUGACUACCCCUACUGAGGUUCUCUGCCGUGGAUUCCCCAAUGAGUUCGCAAUCUACCUCAACUACACUCGAUCUCUUCGAUUCGACGAUAAGCCUGAUUACAGCUACCUCCGCAAGAUCUUCCGCGACCUCUUUGUUCGUGAAGGUUUCCAGUAUGAUUAUGUUUUCGACUGGACAGUCUACAAGUACCAGAAGAACGCGCAGGCUAUCGCACAGGCUGCCGGUCAGGCCAACCCUGAAGACGAGGAAAAGGCCCGUGCCAGCCGUACCAACGCCGCUACUGCCGGCCAGUCUGCUGCUAAGCCUAAUGCCAUUCCCAGCACUCGUCGCAAGAUGCUUGAGCGAGGCUCCGGUGCUGGCGUCGAUACUCCCGACACCAACCGUGCCAUCGGUGGAAGCGACAGGAUGUGAGUGAUAAGUAACGCCUAUUUUUUCUAGUCCCUCGCUUCGCUCAGCUUCAAAGGGAG